UGAAAAACUGAAUUUUUUUUGAUCUUCCAUUGUUAGCGUAUCUACAAAGACAAUGUCGCUCGAGGAGGACGAAGAAUCGUUUGAGCACACGCUCCUUGUGGUGCGUGAGGUGUCAGUUUUCAAAAUCCCGCCGCGUCCGACCAGCGGCGGUUACAAGUGCGGUGAAUGGCUACAAUCUGAUAAGAUCUGGACGGGUCGACUCCGGGUCGUAUCCUGUAAGGAACGUUGCGAGAUCCGACUCGAGGAUCCGAACUCAGCUGAGCUGUUCGCGGCGUGUUUUGUGCCUCCGGGACAGAGAGAGAGCUCGGUGGAAUCGGUGCUUGACUCGUCGAGGUACUUCGUGUUGAAGAUCGAGGAUGGGAGAGGGAAACAUGCCUUCAUUGGACUAGGGUUUAACGAAAGGAAUGAAGCAUUUGAUUUCAAUGUGGCGUUAUCUGAUCAUGAGAAGUAUGUCAAGAGAGAGCACGACAAGGAAGAUGGAGAUGGUGAAGUUGGUGAUGAUAAUCACAUUGAUAUUCAUCCUGCUGUUAAUCACCGAUUGAAGGAAGGUGAAACAAUUCGGAUAAAUGUGAAGAACAAACCAUCUAUUGGGACAGGCAUGCUUUCUGCUGUGGGAUUGGCAGCAGGAACAACAGGAGCUGUGAAAACAACGCCAGCCCUUGCGCCUCCACCUAGUGGAGGUAACAAGAUCAGGUCUCCUCUUCCACCCCCUCCAAAUGAUCCAGCUACGUCUCGAAAGACUUCUACUACUCCCAGUAUUGAUUUCAAGGGGCCAAAGGAAAAUGCCAGGCAUUCCACUGAUCCACUUUCAAAUCUUUCUCAAAUUGAGAGAAGCCUUCCUUCUGCCACUGGAUCUGGAUCAAGUAAAACUAAAACCACAGCAGCUGGAUGGGCAGCGUUUUGAUUUUUGUGUGUUAAAUAUGGCUGACAUGUAUGAUUGCUGUUGUAUUACCAUAGGAAAAUACACCGGGAUUCAGAAAAUGGAAGAGAAAUUUCAUGGUAGUUUUUCCUCGCAUUUUGGGAGAUAAUUGCAAUGGAAUAUGUUAAUGUACUGGCUUGACAUCUGAAUCGAGCUUCUGUAUUACAUGCAAUAAAAAAAAUAUCUUUAUUUACAAACAUCUGUCAAGCUUUGUAGAAGUAACUGAUUUCUUGCAGUGACAUGAUUUCGAAAACAUAUUUUGAUCCACUAGUACAUGUUACUUAAGACUUC